AUGGAACCUUGGGAGCUUCUGUGCGACGAGCCGCAACCUGUGAAUGAUUCGGAGCAUCUAACAGAGUUUGCAUACGAGCCGUUAAUAUCACCCCAAGGGUGUAUUCGCCUCAUUGACAUCCUCGAGCUUUCCACAGAUGGCACCAUCAUAUGCUCUAUGAAAGAAAAGCAAUUCUACCUCAAUGAGAGCAGCUACAAUGCUCUUUCGUAUUGCUGGGGCCCGUCCAAACCUCUUUAUCCAAUCAUCAUCAAUAACAAAGUCCUGCAUAUCCGAGGGAACCUUAGGGAUUUUAUGUAUUAUGCGCGCACAGCCCACGAGGAUGCUUGUCAUGAUAUAUGGAUCGAUGCUAUAUGCAUCAAUCAAUUAGGCCUUGCCGAGAGAAAUAUCCAAGUCAGCCAGAUGCACCAUAUCUUUUCCAAUGCAAGCGCCGUCUACGCUUGGAUAGGAAAUUGGGACACUACAUUUAGCCCAGCCUUCCAAAGACUUGAAUACCCCGAUGUAGAGAUUCCCGAAACCCGCAAUAACAACUCAAUUGUAAACAUAUCUAUGGAGCUUUUGUUCGCACGGGACUACUGGAGCCAGAUGUGGAUAGUCCAAGAAAAUAUCCUGGCUUCUAACAUUCGCCUCCUCUGUGGUAGCAAGUCAAUACCUUGGAACACUCUAUCGGUAGUUAUCGCACGUUCUCAAGACAGCCAUCAUCGAGCAUUGGGCGGUUUAUCCUAG